UGAUGGAUGCUUUACACGUUUUUGUCUUACAGGAAUGCAAUUGGAAUCGACAACAGGGUAAAAGAGUGCAAACACGUUGUUUCAUGUCAAACAGUUAACCGUGAACAUUUUGGAAUGUCAACCGUAACAUACAGAUGCGUUGUUUGAACUCAAAUUUGCGUUAAUAACUGCAUUUAGAAUGUUUUAAUUGCUUGUUUGCAACAGAGAAUUUUGAACUUUAAUUUUUGAAUCCUUUUUUAAUACGGUUGCUUUUGUGAAGAAAAAAAAGAAGUGAAUUACGAUCGUAAAACGGGAAAAUGGUGCGCGAACGACGCAAAUCGUUCUAUGAAGCUAUUCGGCGUAUUGCCGAUUUAACAUUAAUUCCUUCACAAUCAACGAUUGUUGAAUCUCCGAAAAGGAAAAUAGCACGUCGACAAGAGCCGCCAAAACCACCCCGAAGAAGCAAUCGUUUGCGUGGUAUUCAUGUGGCCGAAUCAAGUCUGAACAUCCCAAUUCGUCGUCAAACUCGUUCGAAUAAAACUCAAACCAAUUCAACAAAUGUUGCAAAUGCCGCACAACAACCGAGAAAAAUUCAAUGUCGACGGGUCACAGUGGCAUUGGAACGAAUGAGCACCCAAACAAUGAACGAAAUGCUCGGUAUUGAAAAUUCAACCGUACCACCUUUUAGUCCACCUGCACUAGCCGCAAGCAUUGUUCAUGUUUCGCCGAGAAGAAUCGCAACUCGACGAUGUACGGUCAAUCUUGAACGCAUGGAUUUAUCGAGCUAUCGAGUGCUGCCGCCAAUUGAGGAAAGUGUGCAUGAAGAUCAACCUGAGCAGCAAGAUGAAUUAGUUGUUGAGCAGCCAGAAUUGGAAAUUGAACUAUCAUCAGCACCAACACCAGCUAUUGAGUUACCGUUACAAGAUAUCGAGCUCCGUGGACUAGAUGAUUCCGAUAUUAUUAUGCAAAUGGAAGACUUGCCGGUUGAAGAUGUGGCGAUUGAAGAAGACGUGUCAGUGGACACAUUAACCGAAACUGAAGCCGUUGCAGAAAUAUUGGUCGAUACGAUGAGCUCCUUUGGAUUAUUUCAACUAGGAUUGCCACGACCGUCAACACCGACACCACCACCAAGACAACGAACAUCAUUGGAUGCACCGUUGACACCAGGCAAAAUUGUCGAUGAAAUGAUGGACACAGACUCCGAACAUUCACAGGAUUGCAUCGUUUCAUUGAGUCGAAUGAAUUUGAGUGUGGAUACGGAUAGCGAAGUUCUUGCUUCCACUUAUUUUCAUUUGCCGUCCGAAACUUCUCUGCGGCCGUGUCGAGCUCUAGUUCCAUUUCGGAAUCGACACCAACAAUCAUCACAAACCGAAACCAUGAUUUCGUGGACUCCUCAUGGGAGCAUUUCGCAAGAUUCGAUUGCAGUCGAAUGUUCACAGUCAAUGAGUGACAUUUUUUGUGACCAAACUGGCAUCGUCGAGCCCAAAAAAGGAUUCAUCGAUUCCGAUCGCAUUUCGUAUGGUGCUAUUGUCAAAUACCGAACGGACACAUUCGCUGUUAAUUGUUUCGAUCACGGUGAUGACACAAUUCGAUACCAUUUUUUGAGCAAAUUCUGUCGAUCCUAUUGUGCCGCUCUGAAUUCACAGUUUACCGGCAAAUUGUGCACAACGAAAACAACAGCUCGAUUGAUGGUCAAAUACUCCCAUGUUGACGAAAGUCAAAUUCGUAUUCUGGAAUACGGUGUAAAGACGACAAUCGGAAAUGUCAAUGUAACCGCAAUUCAAGUGCCAAAUUUCCCUGGUGCAGCAUUGUUUUUGUUUGAGGCAAAAGACGAGAAAACGAUCGUUCAUGUUGCAAAUUUUCGGCUGAUAAAUGAGCUCGAGUCAGAUGCAUCGCUGUUAAACAGCAAAAUUGACGAUAUUCGAUUUGAUGAAUCGAUUUUAUCUGGCCUAUUUUAUCAAUCUCCACGCAGCACUGACCGUUACAUGGAUCUAAUGGCUGCCACGGCGAAAUUUUUGCACAUAAGUCGUCAAAGUGGACUCAGUCAUUUGAUCGUACUUGGUGCGGUUGAAAUUGGCAUGGAAUUUUUGAUAUAUCGAUUGACCAAAAAUUUUGACGGUAAAGCGUAUGUGAGUCCAGAACGUCGUGCAUUUUUGGAUUGUAUGAAGUUAGACUAUGAUCGAGACACGCUAAUUCGGAAAUUGAGUCUUCGUGAAAUAUUAGUCUCAAACCCAGAUGAUGCACUCAUUCAUGUGCUUCCAGUCGAUGAUAUUACACUGGAGAAACUGAUGAAUUACAAGGAAAUUAAGAACUAUGUGCGAGUUUUGGGCAUUCGGCCGCGUGGCUGUGAUGCUGUUUUGCAGACUGUGGUCGACGGUGUUGUCGAGAUCGUGGAUGUAGCGAAUCCAUUGAUUGGGGACUUGGACGAGUAUGAGCGAUUCGUUCGUGUGCACACAAACGAUCAUGCCAUAGAGCCAAUCGAUCAUGGCGAGCGGUCGAAGAAUUCAGUGGUCGUAGAAGAAUUAGAAUAAGAAGACAAAUCCGGUAAUAGUUUGGGUCAUGAGCAAUGCUCAUUGAGCAUGUAAGUCAUUCGUUUUGUUUGAAAAGUGAAAGUAAUUUGAAAUCUCAGAAGGAAAACAAAAAUGUUUACCCAUUGUCACACCAACUAACUUUAAUAUAUUUUGGUGCGGUAAUCAUAUGAAGUCCAUUAUAAUAUUGAUACUGGUUUUUGUGCGACGGCGCAAACCCACAGUUGCGUAUGUUUGUGUCUCAAUGAAAAUAUAUCGUAUUUUAUGGCUCUCUCGUUGGUAACUUUCUCCGAAAUGUUUAAUGAGAUAUGUCGAAAAUGCGACACACCAAAUGGAAUGUAAACAAAACGCACGGUGUCUUGAGUGUAUUAGUGCGUCAUUGUACUCAUUUUUUCAAAUAUCAUUCAACAAAGUGAUAUUGCAAUUUGUUGAAACAAGAAAAUAAAAACCAAUUAGUCAAUA